AUGAGCCCUUCAUGGUGGCGAAGUGUUAAACCCAAGAAACGCAGCUCACGACAAGGCUCGCCCCAGGCUUCCCCUCUGCCUCCAGUAGCCCCUCCUCCACCAGCCUCGACGCCUCCCCAAAAGUCGCCGGCAAGCCUCCAAGACCGGCUCUGGAACCAAGCAUACGACGAGCUCAAGUCGAGCGAAUCCGAGAUAGUCAAAGCAUAUGAGAAAUUUCUUUUAACCGAACUCCAGGAUGGAUGCUCGGGUACCAUCACGGCCAAGAACCAGAUCGAGGUCGAUUCGGAAAAGAGAUGGCACCAGAUGCAACGGCUCACUCAGGCCGGGCUGCAAAGGACGGAGAAGAGCGCCUCUGUUAAGCAAAAGAUCAGCAACGGAAUGCAGAUCAUAUCUCCUGUGAAGGCAGUCAUGGAAAAGGCCGUGCAAGCUGCCCCCCAAGCCGCAAUUGCCUGGGUUGGCGUCUCUUUUGCUUUUGAGAUACUUGCGAACCCGCUCACCGAGCCAGGCAUCAACCGUGACGGCAUCUCCUACGUCAUGUUGACUAUGGAUUGGUACUGGAACCUGGUGGAUCUCCUCCUUGACGAGAAGAGUGCGGGACCGGCCCUUGAAGGGCUGCGGGGCCAGCUCGAGAAGCACAUCGUCCAGCUAUAUCAGAAACUCCUCCUCUAUCAGAUGAAGAGUGUCUGUCUCUAUCACCGGAACUUGGUCGCCGUCUUCUUCAGGGAUGUUGUCAAACUAGACGACUGGACCGGCCAGCUCGACGACAUCAAGGCUGCGGAGGGCCACGUAAAGAGCGUCUCAAAACAGUACAAUUCCGAAAAGAUGCAUAAACACCUCCUAGAUAUGGCUGCCAUCGCGAUGCUUCAGUACGAGCAGCUUCAAGGUAUCACCUCUGCUAUCCAGGACCUAGCCAGACUACAAGAGGAGACCCGGCAUAAUCAGGCAGACAAAGACUGCUUGAAGGAUCUCUUACAGACGGACCCUCGCCACGAUAAGACACGUAUCCAGGACACAAAGGGUGGCCUCCUUCGAGAUUCGUACAGCUGGAUUCUAGACCACCCGGACUUCCAGCUAUGGCGUAAGGAAGCGCAGAGCCGCCUGCUCUGGAUUAGGGGCGAUCCGGGCAAGGGAAAAACGAUGCUCGUGUGCGGCAUCAUCGACGAGCUAGAGAAGGACCCUGCCAACAAGCUAUCAUACUUUUUCUGCCAAGCCACUGAGAGAAGCCUCGACAAUGCGACAGCUGUACUACGAGGUCUAAUCUACUCUCUUGCAGCACAGUACCCGCGGCUUAUAUCAUACGUUCGUGAUGAGCACGACAGUGGUGGCAAGCAGCGAUUUGAGGGCCUGAACGCCUGGGAAGUCAUGUCGAAGGUCCUCGAAACUAUGCUCCUUGAUCCGAUCCUAGACGGUGUCCUCUUGAUCAUCGAUGCCCUUGACGAGUGUGGGGUGGACCGUCCAAAGCUUCUCAACUUCAUCGCUCGGGUAUCAUCCUCCUCUCGUGCCAAUUGGAUUGUAUCGAGCCGUAACUGGCCGGAUAUUGAAGAAACACUAGACAGCACCACGCAAAAAGUCGCUAUCCGCCUUGAGCUAAACGAAAAGUCUGUUUCCGGAGCCGUCCACACAUACAUCCAGUACAAGGUAGAUAAAUUAGCGGCACUCAAGAGUUAUGAUGACGUAACCCGUAAUACCGUUCAGAACUACCUCAUCGACAACUCCAAUGGCACAUUCCUCUGGGUGGCCUUGGUCUGUCAAGAGCUUGCUAGCGACAAAGUCCGGAAGUGGCAUACACUCAACGUCAUAAAGAAAUUCCCACCAGGCCUUGAGUCUCUGUACGGGCGGAUGAUUGAUCACAUCUCUGAUUCGAACGAUGCAGACCUGUGUAAAGAGAUCUUAGCCACUGUCUCGGUCAUAUACCGCCCUGUCACGUUGCAAGAGCUUAUGUGCAUCAUGCAGUCACCGACACAGUUUGAUAAUGACCUUCAGUUCCUGGAAGAAAUCGUUAGAUCAUGUGGCUCUUUCCUGACUCUCCGAGAGGGAACCGUCUACUUCGUACACCAGUCAGCCAAGGAUUUUUUACUGGACGAAGCAAACAAGGCUUUUAACCAGAUUUUGCCUUUCGGCAUUGCGCAACAGCACCAUACUAUCUUCUUGAGGUCUCUGGAGGAGUUGUCCAGGAAACUCAGACGCGACAUAUAUGGACUAUGCGUCCCUGGGGUCGAUAUAGAGGACGUAUCUCCGCCUGACCCGGAUCCCUUGGCCCCUCUGAAGUACUCUUGCAUACACUGGGUUGACCAUCUAAAGGACUCAAAUUCCGUGGAGGCCACAAUAUGCGGCGAUAUGCAAAUCACUCAUACUUUCCUCAAAUACAAGUAUCUUUACUGGCUGGAGGCUCUCAGCCUCCUGCGCAGCAUGUCACAAGCAGUUUUGGCAGUGCAGAAACUCGAGACGUUGCUUGCAAGCGAAGGAACACAACAGCUUUUCGAGCUAGUCCGAGAUGCCUGUCGAUUUGUUUUGUCUCACAGAUCGGUUGUGGAGAGUUAUCCGUUGCAAAUUUAUAUGACGGCCCUUGUGUUUAGUCCCACUGGCAGCUUAGUGAGACAAAAUUUCCAAGCAGAGGCACCAACCUGGAUCAGUGUAAUGCCAGAUAUAGAAGCGAACUGGAGCGCAUGCCUACAGACCCUUGAGGGCCAUAGCGACGAUGUUACGUCGGUAGCCUUCUCGUCAGACGGCCAGCGGCUUGCAUCAGGGUCAGACGAUCAUACUGUUAAGGUAUGGGAUACAGCAACAGGCGCAUGCCUACAGACGUUCGAGGGCCAUAGUUCUAGGGUUACGUCAGUAGCCUUUUCGUCAGACGGCCAGCGGCUUGCAUCAGGGUCAGGCGAUUAUACCGUUAAGGUCUGGGAUACAGCAACAGGCGCAUGUCUCCAGACGUUCAAGGGCCAUAGCGACUAUGUUAGGUCAGUAGCCUUCUCGUCAGACGGCCAGCGGUUUGCAUCAGGGUCAGACGAUCAUACUGUUAAGGUAUGGGAUACAGCAACAGGCGCAUGCCUCCAGACGUUCGAGGGCCAUAGUUCUAGGGUUACGUCAGUAGCCUUUUCGUCAGACGGCCAGCGGCUUGCAUCAGGCUCAAACGAUUAUACCGUUAAGGUAUGGGAUACAGCAACAGGCGCAUGUCUCCAGACGUUCAAGGGCCAUAGCGACUAUGUUAGGUCAGUAGCCUUCUCGUCAGACGUCCAGCGGCUUGCAUCAGGGUCAGACGAUCGUACUGUUAAGGUAUGGGAUACAGCAACAGGCGCAUGCCUCCAGACGCUCAAGGGCCAUGGUUCCUGGGUUAGGUCAGUAGCCUUUUCGUCAGACGGCCAGCGGCUUGCAUCAGGCUCAAACGAUUAUACCGUUAAGGUAUGGGAUACAGCAACAGGCGAAUGCCUUCAGACGUUCGAGACUGAAACAGUCAUAACUCAAAUUUCUUUCGAUACGAGGAAUGAUGCGUGCCUCAGCACUAAUAUUGGGACUUUGAGCUUGGGUCCAUCCGUUACGGCGACAUCUUCUCCAGAGGCUUCUUCUCGCAAGCCUUUUAUUCAUGGUUAUGGUAUAGGUUUUGAUAGAACUUGGAUUGUGAAAGAUGGAAAGAGGUUCCUUUGGCUUCCCACGGACUAUCGGCCAGUAGAGUCGGAUGUGGCUGGAUCACGUGUUGCGCUUGGCUGUAGCUCAGGACGAGUAUUAUGGGUGAAAUUACUAGACGUGUAA